AGGCUCCGACUAAACUUUUAACAAAAUUGGCGGAUGAAAGGAGUGGAGAAAUGAAAUGAGAGGCAAACAACAACUCAGCAUGGCAGCCUUUGACUUAAAGCAUCGGAGCAGAGAGACCAACAAAGGCUUCAUAGCUCAGUCCGUGUGUAAAGAGCAGCUCUGAAGCCCCCUGAGAUCUCCUGUUUUCAAAGAAUCCUGUGGUCUCGUUCCCUGUCUCGCUCGAAUCUUCGACCCCCGUAGAGCUAUAGGGAGCCCACAUCCUCUCAUUCUAAGACCCCCAGCAGCCCGUUCUACACCCUAACCUUUUACGCAAAACAAUCCACAGACACCACUUAGAUGAUUUAAGCAGACUUAAAUUCUAUCAAGAAAAUGUAAGUUCAGUGAAUAAUAACACAUUUAAACAGUGAGUCCUGGCUUUUUUUUUUAAAUGGCUGUUCCAUAGUAAUACAUAAAUGCCAAUAAAUGGGCAUAUUAUCUUUAAUACAGGGAAAACUGCAUAAAGUUUGGUUUUCAAGUAAGAUAAAGUACAAGCAAUUCCCAAGUGCCUUCUUUGCCCUUAACAAUGCAGUAUAUUUGCACUAAGUCAUUACUGAUCAUGAAUGGCAACAUCACGCAGAAUCUAUACGUAUGAUUUGUGGUUGAUAUAUGGAUAAACAAGCAAAAAUCCCAAUUAUUCAUUGGUUUCAGUGUUGGAUUGUUUUUUUCUGUUUUAUAUCACCAUAACUGAAGUACCUUUUUGGCUGUUUGACUGAAUAUUUGGCAAAACCAGCAAAUUGAAGAUGUUACCUCUGAUUCUUUGGAACUGCCAAGGGCCAUUUUUACACUAUUUUCUAACAUUUUAUAGACUAAAUGAUUCAUUAGACAAAUCAGCCAUUCCUGAAAAUAAUUGGUCGUUGCAGCUCCAACUGCCUCAUUGAGAAAUACAGUACAAACUGAACCUUUACUGUCGUCUUUUCGUAUGACAUACUGUAUCUGUGCGCGUGAAAGAUGACGUUGAAUUUGCAUGUCAAUCAGUCUGUUGCAGGUCUGUUCUCUCAGUUUUUGGUCAGGGUUUUCAACUGAUCUGUGUUAUUAGGAAAUUUAGAAAGUAUAUAUAGUAUAUAGUAUAUAUAUAUAUAUCUCCAUUAGAUUUUUUUUAAUGAUUUAAGUUUGAUUUACACUACCAAUGAUUAAACAUUCACCUAACAAGAAAGAAAUGGGUCAAGAACGAAAUUCAGAGGCUGGAGCAUCCUGCUGAAUAUCAAUAUUAUAUUUCGUUUGUUAAAAUAUCUGAGAACUGUAUUCAAUCUGUUGAAAUAAUUGGAAAUGAAUUAUUUCACUUUCCUUCAAUUUCAAUGGGAAAAAAGUUUCUUUUCACAGUAUAUAGGUGAGAAUAUUCAGAAUUGAUAUGAUUUGCUUUGCAAAAUAGCGUAUACAUGCACAAAACCUCACUGGGUUUUGUGUUUCUGCCUACUUAAAGUGUGUCUUGAUAGACUUUACGCCCCAUGCAGUUAAAGAAGUAAGUUGUAUGAAAAAACUGAAGUUGCGGUAGAGACACAACAGUGAAUAUUUCACAUAUAUAUGAUAUUUGUACAGCGUUGUGGAACUGAGUUUGUAUCGCUGACCCUUGUUUUCCAGUUAAUACCUGAAAUUCAGGCUUCGUACACUGGUAUUCCUUUGCCGUGCUCUGCAAGUGAGGCAUGAAGCUGCAUAUGUAGGACUCCGCUGAGCUCUAGGUCAUGCACCUGGGCAGACACCACAGCUCUGCAAACUGCUGCUCUGAGAAUAUACAACUUUUUUAUUGCUUGAUAUGUGGUAUCAUGUAAGCUCUGAUCAAACAUCACCACAUGUUUUCAGCUGUCUUUCAUGACCCAAGCGAUAAAUUACACUUUAUGCCUCUUAUGUUGACUGCUUUAAUUAUCUGCAUCUGAGAUGAAAACAGUUGUUACUUGUUGGGUACAUUCUUUUUGAGUGAACAGAGACAAGAAUAUCAGGAUCAGCUGAUUAGCAUUCUUUUUUAUGCUGGUAUCCUUUUUGCUAGCUGUCUGCUGUUUUAAGCACAUUUCAAAUUUCAAGUAAUUUUUCCCAGCAAUGUAUGAGUGUGUGUGUGUUAUGUUUAUGUCCCUUGGCAGCUAUUCUAAAUGGCCCAUUCUGAUAGGCCCUGUUUGUGUCACACUGGGGUGUUACCUUGACGACUCAGGGCCCCGUCAGCUCAGUUCCUCCCAUCAUCUCUGACAGAUAGAUAGCAGGAAAAGAAAGUAUCAGCACCUUCCCUCAGCGACCACUCAAGAUACACACGCGCGUACACACAGUGGCGACCGGACAAAAUGAUCCCGCUGCCACUGGCAUGGACACUGUUGACAGUAUCGCUGUGGACAACAGGUUCAAGCGAGAACUCAGAAAAUGAACCCUUCAAAAUUCUUUACCCUUCAAUCUCCAGUCAAGAGACUAUUGAGUGUGACUGCGCUAACAUCUCCUGUGACUCUGUCUACUGGUUUCGCAGUACUUCCAGCGAAAGCGGAGACUUUAAAAGCUGGCAGUACCUAGGCAAAUGCAACAACGCUGACCGUGUUAACUAUGGUACUGGUGUGGAAGAGUCACGAUUUAAAUUAAGCAAGAGAGGUAAUUCCUUUGUGCUACGCAUCACCAAAGUGCAGAAGACGGACACAGGGAUUUAUUCCUGUAUUCUAAAGGACAAGAGCAACAACGAAGUGUUGAAACCUGCGAGUCUUCUUCAGCCAGGAGUAACCGCUCCAACGCCACCUCCAAAGCCAAAACCCAAACCACCAGUCAAGCCAGUCUGUCGCUGCCCUAAGAAGAAUCCUCCACCAGAUGGCUGCGGCUCCAUGGUUCUGUGGCCAUUGGUUGGACUUACUGCCGGCCUGGCUCUGGCUAUCAUCUGCACACUGUACUACUUCAGCCGGCUACCCAAAAAAUGUCGCCACCACUUUGCAAAGAAAAGACAAAUGCUGUAAAGCACAGCAUCCACAGUCAAAUGGCUGAAGUGUCUCAGUUAAGCCCAAGUCUGAUGAAGCAUGAAGGACACAGUUCAACCAGUUUUAGAACUUCAACAGCAGCAGCCAUGUAACAUAUUGUGAUAUACUGACUCAUUUACUUAUACUUAUUUUACAAGGAAGGGCUCCACCAAGUUUUAAUUUGUGCUGUAAGUUUUCAUCUGUGAUAUCAAUAUGCUGAUUACAUCAUCGUUUAUCAGGGUGUGUUUUCAAUUCAGCAGGUUUGUGAUCAGUAGCUCUGUUUUUCCAUAUUUUUAUUAUUACAAAUCAGGACAAAACACAGGCACUAUUUUUUCCUCAAAGCCCAUAUCGUGAUACAGAUAUAUUGCAUGCCUAAGGACAGACACCCAAUCUGUUUGUUAACAUACAAAAAGCAGGUAGAACACAAAACAGCUGAAUAGAAAUGCUCAGUUUUUGCUCAGUUGCUUUUUGCUCCCUUCAGUAUUUAUUUGUGUUUUUGUCUUUCACUGUAUUUUUUGUGUGUUAAAGUUCACGCAUCCGUCUUGAAGAAAACAGCACUGUUGAGUAGAUUUUUCUAAGAGCAUAAAUUAAUAAAAUUGUAUAUUGCCAAUAA